UUUACGAAAGUGAGAGAAGUGCGUUCCCGCCGCUUACAACGAACGGAGUCCUGGAGUUGGUCUCUCGAUUCAGUUGUUGUAUUUAUCAGUUAUUAACUUAUUAUUACAGUUUACAGAUCGCGAAGAAUGGGGCACUUCCUUCAAGAGUAAUUGUGGAAUUCACAAGGUUUCGAUAACGCUCUCUCCAGAGAUUUUUCGAGCUCGUGCUGAACGACCAUUCCGUCUUUCUCUGAUGCUUUUGCACCUCUAUUCUUUCGUCUCUACUAUGCCCCGUUGAGAUUCUCAGGCUUGCGCAUUUGCAUUCGAGGGUUUGGAGACGUAUUACCUUCUCGAUCUCCAUGGAGAGAAAGGAUUUGAGCUGAUGCUAUCAGCUUAUCACAAGUUCACAACUUAUGCCGGGGAAUGUGUUAAACUUGAAGGAGCACCAGAAUUAGCUCAGUGGAACAGAGUGAAUUGCAUGGUGACUUCAUGGAUACUUAAAUCCAUCUCUAAAGAAAUUGUUGAAGCCUUCUUAUACACCACAACAGCAAAGGAACUCUGGGAAGUAAUCAAAGAGAGAUUUGGAGAAUCAAAUGGGUCAUUACUCUAUCAGAUUCAAAGGGAAAUCAGCACAAUCUCUCAAGGUACUAUGUCUAUUGUGAAAUAUUAUACUAAGUUACAUAAGCUGUGGGAUGAAUUAGCAUGCCUUAUGCCCUCUCCUAUAUGCACCUGUGGAGCUGCAAGAUCUGUUUCUGAAAUUAAUGGUUUUAAUAAACUGAUGCAAUUCUUAAUGGGUUUAAACGAUACCUAUGAUAAUAUCAGAAAUCAGAUUUUAGUUAUGGAUCCACUUCCUUCUAUUAACAAAGCUUAUUCAAUGGUCUUACGUGUUGAAAAACAAAGGGAAGUUCAUGGUUCUUACAAUGACAAUAUUGAAUCAAAUGCUUUGUUGGCUAAAACUAAAUUCUACAAGAAAGAAGGGAUGGAAUCUGUUAAGAAAGAAGAGGGCAGUGGAAGAGGGAACAGUAAAAGAGUAGACAAGGCCAAUAAGCAUUGCAGUCACUAUAACAUGAAUGGUCAUGUUAAGGAAACUUGUUUUAAAUUACAUGGCUACCCGGAUUGGCAUAAGGAUUUGAAAGGAGGGAAAGGGUCAGGUAGAAAUGUGGCUAACAUGGUGGAUACUCCACUGGAUAUUGAGGAUGACAGUGAGGACAAAAAUUCAGACAAACAGAGUGCUAUUGCUAAUCUGGUACAACAAGAACUAAUGAAAUUACUGAAAGGCAAAAUGACAGCAGAAAGUGGAGUACAUGUCAAUUUUGCUCAUCUCAAUGAUUUUGCAGGAUUACUUGGGGCAAAGCCAACUUCCACUCCAUUUCCUAAAGGCCAAAAAUUAUUUGCUGAUAAAGGGACACCACUUGCUGAACCUGACAAGUAUUGAAGACUAGUUGGUCGACUACUUUAUUUAAGCCUCAGUAGGCCAGACAUCACCUUUGUUGUAUAGCAACUCAAUCAACACGUUAAUUCUCCAUGUCAACCUCACUGGGAUGUUGCCAUUCAUCUUCUUCGAUACUUAAAGGGAUGUCCAUCAACAAGUCUUUUUUAUCCAGCAAAUAACUCUCUUGUUGUGGAAGCAUAUUCAGAUUCAGACUGGGCUUCUUGUCCACAGAGCAGAAGCCUCAGUAGGCUAGACAUCAGCAGAGGCAGAGUAUCACAGCUUGGCUUCCACUGUUUGCGAAUUGCUUUGGAUUUCAUACAUUCUUGCUGAUUUUCGUAUUUCUCUUCAGCUGCCACUCACUCUCUGGUGUGAUAACCAAGCUGCCAUGCAUAUUGCAGCAAACCCUGUCUUCCACGAACGCACCGAACAUCUCGAUAUCGACUGUCACUUAGUCCGAGAUAACUUCAAGAAGGGUUUUAUCAAUCUUCAACAUGUUUCAACGAAGCACCAGGUGGCUGACAUCUUUACUAAAGGCCUCUCCAGUCCGCAAUUUUCUUAUUUGCUAUCCAAGUUGGGCAUGGUUGAUUUUCACCAAGUACCAACUUGAGGGGGGGAUGUUAUGAUAUGUAUAUUGUAUAUGAUGUACCUUAUCUUAGCCUAGCAUAGCUCAUAGUUAGUUUUUAGCUAAUGAGUUGUCCAUAUUCUAGAAUUAUUCCCUGCAUGAACUGUUGCAUGAGUUGGCAGGUUAGUUACAACAGUUUUUUGUAUAUAAGGAUUUGUACAGCAGAAAUAUUCCAUGAGUGAGAAUGAAGUUUCUUCUCA